AUGUCUGCCUACAAGAACAUCGCCGUCGCUGGUGCAGCUGGAGAUCUCGGCUCAGCAGUCUUCAAAGCCCUCCUCGACUCCAACCAAUUCAACCUCACAGUCCUCACCCGCACUACCUCAACCAGCACUUUCCCAUCAAACGUCAAAGUCAUCCAAGUCGAUUACGACUCCCUUGACUCUCUCACUUCAGCCCUCCAAGGCAUUGACGCCGUCGUCUCAACCGUCGGCAGUCUCGCAAUUCCCAGCCAAAAGCUCCUCAUCGACGCUGCGGUGGCUGCCGGUGUGAAGCGCUUUAUCCCAUCGGAGUUCGGCUCCAACCUUAUCAUUCCCAGCGUUCGAAAACUUCCCGUUUUUGGAACAAAGGUUGAGAUUGAGGAUAAGCUUGUUGAACUUAAGGAUAAAAUUAGUUAUACGACCGUGUACAACGGCAUCUUCUUGGACUGGGGUAUCAAGAACAACUUCUUUUUCGACUUUUCUCAGCCAGAGGUUACAAUUUGGGAUGAGGGCAAUGUUGAGUUCAGCACCACCACUCUCGCCAGCGUUGGCCAGACAGUAGUCGGCAUCCUCACCCACCCCGAAGAAACCAAGAACCGAAUUGUUUAUGUUCAAGAUACUGUUCUCACACAGAACAAGAUUCUUGAACUUGCUAAGCAAGCCACUGGAAAGGAAUGGAAGGUGAAGCAUGUCAAGAUUGAUGAUGUUACUGCCAAGUCUGACGAGAACAUCGCCAAGGGAAUCAUUGACUGGCCUACUCUUGCGCCGUAUCUGUUCAGGGCCAUCUUUGAUGAGAAGAGUGUUCCCAAGUUUGAGAAGCUUGAUAACGAGUUGGUUGGUAUCAAGGGCGUCACUGAAGAGCAGGUUAAGGAGCUUCUUAAGUCCAGGAUUCAGUAG